AGCUGGUACCGCUGCUGCCAUUUUGUAUAGCGAGGUAAUUUUUUGGCGAUUUCUGGUGUUUUUGAGUCGUGCUCGCGGGUGCUGAGUGUGCCGAUAUGGACAAGGAGCAGCUUGUGCAGCAGGCGAAGAUCGCCGAGCAGGCCGAGAGGUACGAUGAUAUGGCGGCGGCGAUGAAGCAGAUCACAGAGAGCUCUCCAGAGCUGUCGAACGAAGAACGUAACCUUCUGUCGGUUGCGUAUAAGAACGUGGUUGGUGCACGCAGGAGUUCGUGGCGGGUUAUUUCUUCCAUCGAGCAAAAGACCGAAGGGUCGGAGAAGAAGCAGGCCAUGGCCAAAGAAUAUCGUGAGAAGGUUGAAAAAGAGCUCACCGAUAUAUGCCAGAGUGUGCUUGGUCUACUGGACCAGUUUCUGAUCCCAAAGUCGACGAACACAGAAUCUAAGGUAUUCUACCUGAAGAUGAAAGGCGACUAUUAUCGUUAUCUAGCUGAGGUUGCCACAGGUGAUCAGCGCACGUCUGUGGUCGAGGAGUCGCAGAAGGCAUACCAAGAAGCAUUUGAUAUCAGCAAGGGCCAGAUGCAGCCCACGCACCCGAUCAGACUUGGUUUGGCGCUUAACUUUAGCGUCUUUUUCUACGAAAUUCUCAAUGCACCUGACAAGGCGUGUCAACUGGCGAAGCAAGCAUUCGAUGACGCUAUUGCGGAGCUCGAUACGCUCAACGAGGAUUCAUACAAGGACUCCACACUGAUAAUGCAGUUGCUGCGUGACAACCUUACGUUGUGGACCUCGGAUACGCAAGGAGAAGAGGGAGCUGCACCCGAAGGAGACGCAAACUAGAACCAGCCACAUUCUCGUAAGUCUCCUGGCAGCGCGCCCUGUGUGUGCCCUCCCUUCACCCCAUUCCGAGGAGUCGUCGAUUUGAUAGGGACAUAAAUUACAUCUCUCCAGGAGGGCUCGAUCGGCAUCGUCAAAUUGAAAAAACCACAAUAACAAACAAACAGUCACACAAUUGCAAUCCGAAAAAAAAAAGCCUUGGUUCCAACACUAAUAAUUAAAAUAAUAGUACACACCUUAAUAAAAUGAAAAUAUAUAUAUAUAUAUAUAUAUAAAUGAUGAUGAUUAUGGAAUGUAUUUUGCUGGUAACGAAUUGUUUCGUAGCCAGACAAAGAUGACAAACAAGUACACAGACAUACACUGUACCGCAUGAGAGACAAAAUAAAUACCAGCGGAUAGCUGGAAGAAUGAUUAAUCAAGGUAGAUGUAAUUGAAAUAAAAGCGAUAAAGUUAAUUUCAGUUCUUCAAACAGAAAAAUCAACAUUUAACACUUCACAGUUAAAGCGAGAGAGCGAAUCAGAGAGAGAAAGAGCGUAUGCGCAUAAGUCGAAAAACAAAAUAAAGACAAUAUAAUACUUAUACUAAAUAAAACAGAUUUCUAUUCUAUCUAAAGGAACAACAAUAAACGAUAAACCACUGAAAUGUUUGAUUAUAUAUAUAUAUACAUAUAUAUAAUAUGCUAAAAAAGCUAUCCUUGAGUAAUAAUUAUGAAAUUAUUAGUGUGCGUUGGUUCUGAUGUGAUGCUCCAAUAACGACUAUGCUGAUACGAUGAUAAAGAAGGCAAAAUGCUAUACGAGAGAAUAAUGAAAGAACUAUAAUUAUGCUAGAUGAUGAUGAUGAUGACGGUGAUGAUGAGAAUGAGCGCAAGUGCAAGAGAGCGAGAGAAGAAAGCAUGAGAGAAAGGAACACCGCGGGUCUCCCAUAGACAACAACAUAACAGGAACACCGAAACACAAUCGCUCAGAUACACCACACGCAAAAACGAUCCUAGACCACGAUGCAAACAAAGCUGACGUAGUAGUUCAUAUAACAUACAACAGGUUGUUUACGGAAACCAAUGGAGUAUGCACGCCGCAAAACAUACGGAACAGCAGACGAGCAACAACGCUUACAAUAACACAAUCAACCAUUAAUUAAUAACCAGUUGGUGACGAGGUGGACAAAGACAAGGACGAUGCUAUGAAAACAUUGAGACAUGGAAAAAGACGGAAGGGUGAUGAUGCUGCUGAUAACAUUGCGUCGAUAUAAUAAUAGAUGAAAUAAGAAAUGCUGAUAAUAAUGAUGCUGAUUAUAUUAUAUAAAAAUAUAGAAAGAUUUCUAUCGUAAACGAGAAAAUAAUAGCGUGCAACCACACGAAGGAGGCUACUAAACAGAAUAUAGAGAGCGUACGUAAACCAUACAAAAAGCGAUACAAAACAACUAAAACGCAAGCGGACAAACAAACAAACAGACGAACGAAGCCCGAUAAACAAAGAUACGGACGUCGACAGCGGAGAAAGUGGCGAGGGAGCCCGCGAAAAAGCAAAAAAGCAUAAAACAACGUGAAGGUAAAAAUAAAACAGAUGGUAAUCGAAAACCACGCAGAUACACUCAAAUAUGGCACUCACAUAGAGAACAAGAAGCUAAUUGUGACACUUAACAAAAGGCGAAA